AUGUGUAUGAAUAAAGAUUUAAAGAUCACGAUUAUCUCUUCAUUUCACACUACACUCUCGCGAUUCCUCACUCAUCCCUCUGAAUGCUUCAUCGGCGGCGCUAUCAGCCGUGCACCGCCAUCUCACGCAACCUCCAUUGCACUCUACUCCCAUCGGCCUUGCUCGCAUCGCUCCUUUCCGUCGCACCCCUUCCCGGUUCUUCUUCGUCGCACCCCUUCCGUCGGCCUUGCUCGCAUCGCUCCCUUUCGAACCCUAAUGUUCCUGAAUGCAUUGACUAGUUUCAUUUUUAUUGCUGAGGAAGAGGAGGAGGAAGUAGAGAUAGAGUAUGUGGAAGGUUAUGAUGAACUUGAAGAGGAAGAUAACAUGGAGGAUUUUUUUUUUGUUUUAAUUUUUGUGCCUUUAAAAUGUUUAAUGAAAUGUCACAUUUAUGCUUCCAAACAACACUAUAAGCUUCUGGUUGAUGAUGUCAACUUAAUUGAAUCUGGGCGUGUGACUCUAUCGGCUUAUUAUUCUACUUCAGAAGGCUCAACAGGCAAUGCUAGUGAUAAAGGAGCUGGCAAGAAGGGUGGCCAACCUUGGAAUUCAAACAGCGAGUCUAAUAAUGGAUCUAAGGCUUCAAGAUCAGAUCAGGAACGACGUAAGGGUAUUGCUUGGACAAAAGAUGAACACAGGAGUUUGUUGAGAGGAAGGACAAUGGAAAGAUGGCUGAAGGAUCAAAAGGAGAGGAAAAAGCAGGAAAUUAGGACUCAUAAUGCUCAGUUGCAUGCUGCAGUAUCCGUGGCAGGCAUAGUUGCUGUCGUUGCGGCCAUUGCAGCUUCAAUAGAGUGUACAUUGUAGAAUCAAUAGUGUACAUAGCUGCUAUAAAGUU